AUGGCCGGCGGCAGCAGCAGCAGCAACAACCAUCCCAAGGCCUCUCUCCACUCCUCCCACCGCAAGUCCCGCUGGGAACCCAAACCCAAUGCCUCCUCUGCCAAAACCCCGCCCGAUCCCACCACCGCCCCCUCCCCCAAGCCCAAACCCAAGCCCAACCCUAACCCUAACCCUAACCCUAUUCCUAGCCCCAAACACCCUCCCCUCCUCCCCUUCCCGGACCCCACCCCCCUCGUCCUCGCCGACGGCAGCGUCCGCUCCUACUUCGCCCUCCCCCCCGAUUACCAAGACUUCUCGCCCCACCUCCACCCCCGCUUCCCGCCCCUCAGCCCCGCCCGCUUCCGCCUCCCCGACUACCAAACCAAGCGCAAGUACGCCGCCGACGACGACGCCGACCUCGCCCGCCAGCGAGACCACCUUCUCCGUAACGCCAACGGCCUUUCUAGGGCUCCCGGCGGGGACUUCUCCGCCGGCCCCAGCGAUUUGCGGCCCUCCAAGCUCUCCAGGCUCGACGGGGCUAAUUCCCGACACUCGCAGGUCGAUCAGGACGCGUUGAGGAGAGCCUUUUUCAACUUCGCGAAGCUCAUCAACGAGAAUGUAUCGCAGAAGAGGAGUUACUUGGACGAUGGCAAGCAGGGGCGCCUUCACUGUCUUGCGUGUGGCUCUGGCGCUGCCAGGUCUGCUAAAGAUUUUCCAGAUAUGCAUGCUCUCAUCAUGCACACUUACAACUCAGAUAAUGCUGAUUCACGUGUUGAGCAUUUGGGAUUACACAAAGCUCUGUGUGUCUUAAUGGGCUGGAACUACUCAAAGCCUCCUGAUAACUCAAAGGCGUAUCAGUUUUUAUCUGCUGAUGAAGCAGCAGCAAAUCAGGAUGAUCUGAUCAUGUGGCCACCUUUGGUGAUCAUCCAUAACACAAAUACUGGAAAAAAUAGAGAUGGUCGUAUGGAGGGUUUGGGAAACAAAACGAUGGAUAAUAAAAUUAGAGAGCUUGGAUUUAUGGGUGGCAAAUCAAAGUCAUUAUAUGGAAGAGAUGGUCAUUUGGGCAUAACACUGGUUAAAUUUGCUGGGGACCAUUCAGGCUUUAAGGAGGCCAUUCGACUUGCUGAACACUUUGAGAAGGAAAAUCAUGGACGCAAGGAUUGGGCCCGUGUGCAGUCACAAACGUUAGGAAAGGAUGAUGAGAACAAUGCAAACCUUGUUAAGGUGGAUGAGAAAAAAGGAGAGAAAAGGAGGGUCUUGUAUGGUUAUCUUGGGACUGCUUUUGAUCUCGACAAAGUUGAUUUUGACACAAGGAAGAAGGCUGUCAUAGAGAGCAAGAGAGAAUACAAACCAACCAUGUAGUUUUUGGACUUGCAUGGAAAUAGCAAUGUAAAAUGAUUUGUGGACUGUUCUGGAGAAAGUCUUUCCAGUUGCAUUACAGUCCCGAUUCCUGGAGAUGAUAAAAGCUUUAUGUAUUGUGCUGACCGUUUCAAUGUACAAUAGGAGUCAGCGUUGUCAACAUUUUUAUUUUAAUCAUCGUAAUUUAUACUGAAUUUUCCUGUGAUAGUUAAUAUUUAGGCACAUUAGGAAGAUUUCUUUGCCUUUCCACCAUCUGACAACCUGGAACGCACUAUCUCGGUUAAAGUCAAUGACUGAGAUCUAAAGUCUUAGUCUUGUCCUCGCUUUUGCCCAUGUUGGCUGGAAUCUGUUUGUUUACAGUUUACAUAUUUUUUAUUACAAUGGUGGGGCAUGGAAAUUUGUACUCAUGAUUUCCUGCCAACUCUGUAAAUCCCUCAUUAGUAGCCUUCCUAGUUGAUUGUUUGCAGUUCACUUUGAUUGAUUGAUGGAACCCUCUAUUCGCUGCAAAUUCCUUGUUGAUUAUUCAUUUACUCUUUUAUUUUUC